AUGCCCUUCACUGGAGCCUCCGUGGCGGCAUCAUUUGCACUGCUGGUGUUCAAGGGGACAAGCAAUCGAGGUAAUUCUGGCUUAUAUUGGCGUACUGCGCAGCUUCAAGGACUGCUCUUGAUUGGGGCUGGCCGGCUGGAGGUCUGUUAUCCUGCAAAGGGCAGAAGAGCAUUUACAUCACAUGUGUGGCUGUGUGCGCUGCAGCUGUCUCGCCUGACAGAUUUCCAGCCUGCGAGCAUUGAAGACCUAUGCAAAAUCCACGAGCGGAACUAUGUCCUGGGACUGGAGAAGAUUGUGCGGCGAGGCAGGAAUGAGGUUGUGGACAAUGCACCGACCUACAUCACUCCCACCUCCUUCGACGAUGCCCUGAGGGCGGCAGGAGCGGCGAUGGCGCUGGUAGACGCGGUGGUGGAGGGCAGCUCGGCUGAAAGCAUCGCGCCAGCUGGCUUUGGCAUCUGCCGCCCGCCAGGUCACCACGCCGUCGCUAAGGGGCCCAUGGGAUUCUGCCUCUUCGGCACCGUCGCAGUGGCCGCCAGGCACGCGCAGCAAUUCCACGGCCUCAAAAAGGUGCUAAUCUUUGAUUUCGACGUGCACCACGGCAACGGCACUAACGACGUAUUCUUCGACGACCCUUCUGUGCUCUUCAUAUCCACCCAUCAGGCCGGCCUCUACCCCGGCACUGGCGCUCUUUCAGAGGUUGGCACCGGCGACGGCGCAGGCGCAUCUAUAAAUUUGCCUCUGCCAGGCGACUCUGGCGAUGCAGUGAUGAUGGAAGUCUUUGAUGAGAUCGUGGGCCCGGCAGCUGCACGCUUCCAGCCAGACAUCAUCCUGGUGAGCGCGGGGUAUGAUGCGCACUGGCGGGAUCCCCUGGCCAGCCUGCAGAUGCGCAGCUCCACAUACUACAGGCUCGCUGCAAAGAUCAAGGCCCUGGCCGACAGCCUCUCAGGCGGCAGGUGCGUGUUCUUGCUGGAGGGGGGCUAUGACCUGAAGGGCCUAGGGGAGUCAGUAGCAGAGACAUUCCGAGCAGUGCUGAAUCUACCAUCGAUAGACAAAUUCAAUGCCGACCUGCUUCGAGAUGAGCCGAAAGAUAAGGCGCGUGCUCUCAUCACAGAGGCAAAGCGAGUGCACUCCCUGUGA